AACGUAACGACGUUUUUAGCGCGUGCGAGAUGACGCGCCGGUGAAUUUUUGUUUUUAGAAAUUGACGUAAUUAUUGUGUGCACGCUCUAUAAAUAAGAUUUCACAAUGGCCGAUCAAGUUGAUUCAAUGUCAGACGCGGAGCUCCGCACCAAACUGGCCGAGCAUGGAUUCCCUGUAAUGCCAAUUACAGCAUCUACGAGAAAGUUACUCGUAAAAAAGUUAAAAAUGGUCUUAGACAACAAAAGCAAGCCGCGAAACAGCGUUGACAGCAAGGUAGAGAGUCGGCGAUCACUAGCACGAUAUUCAAGCGGCGAAGAAUCUGACUUAGAUUCUACAAACAUUACAAAAGAGAGACGUGGUCGAAGGGCUACUACAGGCGGAGCGAUGUUACCGCCUGUGUCUAACAAGUCGAGACGGAUACCUAUAAAGAAAGACUCUCCUGUUAAGCGUGAUUCAGAUAAAGGAUCAGAGUCAGAGGAAGAGAAGGCCCCCGUUCGCACACACGAGGAAGUGGAAACGGUUACAACGCGUCGGGUGACACGUACUUACGCUAAUGACCAGGACGACUAUGAAACGGGUUCGGACAGUGAUGUCGACAGUGACAAGAAAACAUCUAGUCCUUUUAGAAGUAGUUCAAGGUCUAGUGACUACAUAUCCAGCACACUGCCAACAAACGACGCAUCUACAAGCCCCAGAAAGUCAUCUAUUUUCUCUCGGCCGUCUUUGUCGCAAACCAAUUAUACAUCUAAUUUAUCAUCAUCCGAUCAACUUAAUUCAAUACGGUCUCGACUUGGUUUAACUUCUUCUAUGGCUGAUCGACCACCCCUCAGGUCCUACACGUCAAAUUAUGCUUCUACGACUUAUCAACCUUCUACUACUUAUCAACCUUCUACUUCCAGUGUGGAUGAAAUUGAAUCUCCCUACUUGAGUAAUUUUACACGACGGCUGACGUCUCUGAAGCCUGAUCUACCUAAACCACCAUCAUUUUUGGACCGUGACACAACCAAUGGAAGCACAAUCCCACGCAGAUCAUAUAUCACAGGCGUUUCUAGAUCUGACAUAGUGGACUAUAAGGCAGUAAAUGAUAAAAAAUUCUUGAAGAAUAAUGUUGUGUCCCUUGCCCUCGUUGCUCUUGUUGCACUUUUUUUUUUUUUCUUAUUUUUCGUGUAUGUAGUUAAGAAAAAUGAUAUCACAUCAGUAGUAGAUGACACAAACAGUGUGAUACCGAUAUGUCAACUCAGUCACAAUCCAUCUCAUAGACCCCAAGCUAAUUGCGUUCUUGAGGAUCAAGUAGGCUUGGCUAAAGAUUUGUUGAAAUUUAUACAUCCAAAACUUACCGCUCGGACGGCUGCUUUUAAAUGUGGGGAGCCUGGAGCUCAACCUUACUUGACAGAGAAAGAAAUUAUGGAAUUAGCUAGAAAACAAGCAGGACAGGAUAACCGUCAGAUUAGGGAAGAACUGAAUAACUUAGAAGUUUUACUUGUCCAUAAUCCAAGAUGGGGUCUAAAUGUUGUACAGCUUCAAACCUCAUACGAUCAAAAAGUAGAGUACACACCUCUUACAUCUACUAAUGAUAUUUUGAACCAACGCUAUCAAGGCAGAGUCGCAAUAGCUCUUGCCGACCCAUCAACUCCUGUUUCAUGUCUGUUUAUUAAUACAUUAUAUUCAGCUGGUUUAACAUUAGCCAUUCUUGGAAUCAUAUCUGUAUUGGUAUUGGGUUUGCAAAAACUAUACAAAUAUUAUUUAAAUUAUCAAAAGAAGAAAAGUGAGGAAAUUUAUUCGAUGGUUGAACAAAUUAUAGAUGUGAUAUCACAAGAAACUGAGGACAGCGGGGAACCCUACAUAUCUGUGGACCAUGUGAGGGAUACUCUUAUAUCUCCUCCAAAUAGAGAAAAAAUGUAUUCUACCUGGGAUGCGGCAGUCAAGUUUAUUCAGAAGAAUGAAAGUAGAGUACGAAUGGAGGUUCAGUCGGUAGAUGGAGAGGACUGCCGAGUGUGGAGGUGGGUCGCUUCCCACAGCAGUCCUAAACGAAGCACUUCCUGGCAGGGGCAGGCGUUUGAAACUCAGGAAGGUUCCGUGAACAAUCUAGCAGUAUCUCCAACACCAUGUUUGAAAAUCCGUCAUAUGUUUGAAAAGAACGACACUAAUCCCAACUUGAGAACUAUAAUCCAGGACGUUAUCCUCGAGAAAUGCGAUUCUUGUAACAUUCUUCAUAUUGACAUUGAGCGUACAUCAUGCUGUGUUUAUGUAAAAUGUGCGACCCCUAUGGAUGCUGGCAUUGUUUAUAAGAGUCUUCAUGGCUGGUGGUAUGAGGGACGCCUCAUCACAGUUAAAUAUUUACGUUUGGAGCGUUACAUGCAAAGGUUUCCUAACUCCCCAUCAUCCGGACCAUACUUGAAACCGUCCCGUUUGCGGCGAACCUGGGAUGAAUAAAUCCUAUAUACUACAAUUAAAAGUGGUCAGGACAUUUUUGGAAUAUUUAUUCCGUACAAAACUACGCCAGUGGUUUCGAAUUAUUAUUUUUUAUAUCAAAGGAUUUUUAAAUGCUCAUAGCUAUUUAGUCAGUCCUUUGGGGUAUUUAAGUAAAAAGGUUAAAAUCUUCCUAGAAUAAAUAGAUGGCAUAAUGUCUCUCGUCGGGCUAGACAAUUAAGCAACUGCAUACUAUGUUAUCUUUAUGCAAGCAGACAGUGUUUAUCUUACAAUGCAGUUUGCCGCUCAUUGAACAUGAAUCUUUUAACGUUAAUAGAAUAGAAUAUACUUUUUGACAUUGUAAAUAAAUGACAUCACAAAAUUUAACAUGUAGUUAAAACUCUAAGUUACUAGAAUAAAUGGUUUGCAUUCGUUACUUGAAUUUACUGUUUUGAUUUGAGUUGUUUAAAAAUUUUAGUUUGUUAGGUAGGUUAAGUUUGUAGGUUUUUCAAUUAAAUUUUUUAUUAUUUUCACUUAACAUUUGUAUGAAACGAUGGCACAAUAUGAAACUGAUUUCUUUGAUGUAUUAAUUUUUAAUUUAAGUGCUCUUACUAACUUCAUUUAUCUUCUAGGAUUAUU